AUGGCCGACUCAAGCCAGCUUCUGACCUUCUUUACGGCCAUGGACAACCAAGGAGGACUGGUCAUCAAAGAUGCGCCGAAGCUCGAUCUUGACCUGUACAUCUCAAAUUACACUGGACGAACUCGCUUCGAACGUCUCUUCUCGAUUGGCCAAAGCUCCGUUGUGCUCUGCGUCGACGCCCUCAAAGCUGCUGUUACCGAGGCAAAGCGAGGCAAAGAUGUCCGUCGCUAUCGCGAGGCCUGGGAGUGCAUCCGUGUAGCAGCCCCAAACGAGCCCGAGGCUCAAUUCGAUCAGGCAUGGGCGGACAAGACAGAGAAGGCAAACAAAUUGGAAACACACCGGCUAGAGACAGAACUGAAAGGUUACAAGAACAACCUGGUCAAGGAAAGCAUUAGGAUUGGCUAUCGCGACCUGGGCGAGCACCUCGAGAGCAUUGGCGACCUCACCGCCGCCAACGACAAUUACACCAGGAUGCGACCCGAAGCAAGCACACAUGCACACCUCUUCGAUUGGGCCAAGCACGCCAUCGGCAUCUCUCUUCAAAAGCGCGACUGGUCCAGCAUCCAAUCGAACAUCAACAAAAUGCUCUCUGGCAGCACGGGCGAGGAGGACCUAAAGGUUCAGCAGCCAUAUCAGAAGACGGUAUUGGGUCUCGCAAACCUCCAUGGCGAAAAGUUCUACGACGCGGCGAAGUGUUUUCUCGAAGUCGAGCUCAGUGUUUGCCAACAGUACAGCAACAUUAUGAGCCCCAAUGACAUGGCCACAUAUGGUGGCCUGCUCGCUCUCGCCUCCAUGGAUCGAUCCGAGCUACAGUCUCGGGUUUUGGACAGCCCUAGCUUUAGAAAUUACUUGGAGCUUGAACCUCAUAUUCGCAAGGCCACCUCGAUGUUUGUGAACGGACGUUACUCGGCUUGUCUCGCGACCCUCGAGUCCUAUCGCGCUGAUUACCUGCUGGAUAUCCACCUGUCAAGACACGUAAAAAAAAUCUACUCUCAGAUUCGCAGCAAGUGCAUCGUGCAGUACUUCAUUCCGUUCUCUUGUGUCACCUUGGAUAGUUUGGACAAGGCGUUCGCCAAGCCAGGCGAGUCCCUCGAGGCAGAACUCAUCACCAUGAUCAAGAGCGGAGCGCUCAAGGCUCGUAUCGACACGGUUGACAAACUUCUCAUGGCUAUCUCCACCGACCGACGAGCUGAAAUGCAGGCCAAUGCCCUUGAGGCAGCUAAGAACUAUGAGAAAGAGGCGUUGGAACGAAUUCGACGUAUGAACAUCGUAGCGGCUGAUCUCGAGGUCAAGGGCACUGCUCGAGCAAGAGCUGGCCUUGGCGGUGAUCAAUGGUUCAACGAGACGAGAAGACAGAUGAAUCAAGGCGAAGCGGCCUCCGGCUAG